CAUCGAAAUUCUUUAUUCGCUCGGCCAAUGCGAAAGCUCAGGAAGCCAAGACAACAACAGACAAAAAAAAAGACAAGAUUUUUUAUGGCUUUGAUUUGUAAAACGCCUCCCAUUUAGAGCAACAACUUCCAGGCUUGUAUCUUAUAACCAUCAAACAUUUACACUAGAAAGUUGACAAAGGCUGGGGCAGUAGCGGAGGCUCAGCAACAAAGAGGCCUUUUCACAGCGUACAGUCGGGGACCGGGAGGGUAGGAGGAGAAGCUGGGUGGAGAGCUGAAUUAAUGAAUUAAAAAUGUCCAGAAACAGUGGCUGACUGAAAAAAAAAAAACACUUUUGGGUUUAUAUAAAGGGGCAUGCUGGGGGGCCCUGGAGGAGUGGACAGCGCCGGACGGGGUCCUUUAACUUUGCUCUGUGUGGACACACAGGGCGCUCUCUCUCUCCCUCGCUGCUUUACAUGCAAGGAGAAAAAGUGCAAACUGUGCUCAUCCGAUUACAUAAUGACCCAGUAACAGGGAGUCGGAACUGCUGCUGCCAGUGCCAGUGCGCUGGGACCCGCCGACUGACCCCGGGGUGAUCCUCACCGACUGUGCUUCAUGCAUUUUUAUUUUUCUUUCGCAGGAGUUUUUCCCUUCGGUGCAAAAGAACACAAUGUAAUGCCAGGAUGACAGCCGAGUGAAGCGUGCGCCAACUCAACAAGUGCGACUAGUUCAAGAACCCCUGAAAUUUGCCCUCCUUCUACAACGACAGAUCCAAAUUUCUGUCUAUCCACAUGUUUGCUGGACACUGAAACCCAAUAAACCUGCAACAUCCGAGCUGGGGAACUUCUGUUACAAGGCAACAGAAAGUGCCAGCCAUGACCUCAGCCACGCCCCCAUCCUCCGAAGGCUCCUCCCCCCAGAAAGUAUGCCACUCCCAGACGCAGACUGACAUCACCAAACCGCUGCUGGCCUCUACAGGUGGGAAUGGGAGUACAGUUGCAGGUGGAGGAGCAGCAGCAGGAGCUGGGGGGCCCAUUGCCCUUCGGAGGAGGCGAAGGGUCCUCUCCAAAGAUGGCCGAAGCAAUGUGCGCAUUGAGCAUGUCAGCGGCAGAGGGGCGCUGUACCUCAGGGACCUCUGGACGACUUUCCUGGACAUGCAGUGGCGCUACAAGUUCUUUCUGUUCUCUGCCACCUUCGCGGGGACCUGGUUCCUGUUUGGGGUUCUGUGGUACCUGGUGGCCCUGGUCCACGGAGACCUGAUAGAGUUUGACCCCCCCUCAAACCACACGCCAUGCGUAAUGGAGGUGAAGACACUAACUGGGGCGUUCCUCUUUUCUCUGGAGUCCCAGACCACCAUUGGUUACGGUUUCCGGUGCAUCACAGAGGAGUGUCCUGUGGCAAUAGUGCUGCUCAUCACUCAGCUGGUCAUCACCAUGGUCAUGGAGAUCUUCAUCACUGGAACUUUCCUUGCAAAGGUCGCUCGACCCAAGAAGAGAGGUGAGACGGUCAAGUUCAGUCAACAUGCUGUUGUGUCGAGUCACGAGGGCCAACCGUGCCUCAUGAUCCGGGUGGCAAACAUGCGCAAAAGCCUGUUACUGGGAUGCCAGGUGACAGGAAAGUUGCUUCAGACUUCCCUGACAAAGGAGGGCGAAACAGUUCGCCUGGACCAGCGCAAUGUGCCUUUCCAAGUGGAUAUGUCCACUGACAGUCCCUUCCUCAUCAUCCCGCUGACCUACUACCAUGUUAUUGACGAGAACAGCCCCCUCAGAGCUUGGGCAGCAAAAGGAGGCGGCUGGGCCGACCCCGAACUUGCUGAUUUUGAGCUGCUGGUCAUCUUGAGCGCCACAGUUGAGCCGACUUCUGCAACCUGCCAGGUCCGGACGUCCUACCUUCCGGACGAGAUCCUCUGGGGAUACGAGUUUCCUCCCGUCGUUUCCAUCUCCCCGUCAGGAAAAUACGUUGCCGAUUUUGCCUUUUUCGACAAAGUGACCAAAUCCAAAUCCCCGCCCCCUUUCAAACAGUCACUGUCCCCCAGCAAACAGUCACACGGGUCCCAAUACCACAGCGUCAAAGAAGAUGGGAAAAACUUGGAGAAGAUGCGACUGGAGGAGAGCUACAGGGGGGAGGAGAGAGGGCGAGACAAGGGGCGGAUCAGAGAUAAGAGUCCUCGGAGCGUGUGCAUCAGCAAUGUGUGAUACCUGAGACAGGAAGCGGUGGAGGAAAUGGUUGUGAACCCAAGAGAACGUCAAAACAAGAAGAAGAAAAA